AGGUUGCGAGGUGGCUGUGCUGAGUUGUGUGUGUGUGUUGAGGAUUAUUAUGGGAUGUCUCCCCCCCGUCUCUUUGUGUGUGUGUGAGGGAGCGGAGCGGAGAGGAAGCGCAGGGGCCGAGCGCCGAGUCCGAAUCCCAUUCCAGCACUUUAAAGCUCGCUCUUUGUUUUUAGUUUAGUUUAGUUUAUUCCCGGAAGUUCAUCAUUAGUUUCCUGAGGUGUGAACUGAGUGUUGAGCUGAAGUGAAGCCGUGAGAAGCGCGUUCUGCUCCUCCGCCUGACCUCAGAUGCGCGAGCGUUUGAGCUGCCAGGAUGUCCGGAAGUGAAGAGGAGAGCGCAGAGCAUUUCGGGUCCAGGAGCCUGUUACACGGAGAUGAUGGAGCAGAAGAACACACGCCUGAGAUGGAAACUCCAAAAGCCAAGAAGAAGAAAAAAGCAAAGAAGAGUAAAGAAAAUCGGAGCAGUAAACGGCAGAAAGCCCUCAGAGAGGAGGUGAUGGUGAGCUCUCCUGAAGCUCUGGAGGCUCUGAGGCUGGUGGAGGAGGAGGAUGAGGAUGAGGAGGAAGAGCAGCCCGUGCAGUCGGACAGUGAGGGGAGUGAUUACGCCCCCAGCAAGAAGAAGAAGAAGAAAUCCAGCUCCUCCUCCAAAGACAGGAAGAAAGCAGAGAAGGGCAGCGGAGGGAAAAACAAACGGAAGGUUCCAGAGCCGGAGGAAGAAGACGAGGAAGAUGACGAUGAUGAAGAUCUUGGGCAGGGCCCAAAGUCUUCGUCCCAGCUCCUGGCGGAGUGGGGGAUGAAGGACAUAGACUACACCUUCACACAGGAAGACUAUCACACACUGACCAACUACAAAGCCUUCAGUCAGAUGAUCAGGCCUCUGAUUGCAGCACGGAACCCAAAAAUCGCCGUGUCAAAGAUGAUGAUGGUGCUGGGAGCCAAGUGGCGUGAGUUCAGCACCAAUAACCCAAUCAAGGGAUCUGCGAACGCUGGCCCCACCCCUCUGGCUGUCGACGCUGUGACAACACCUAGAGGGGUGGAGCUAACUGGGCCUGGGGCCACUUCCAUAGCAAUGACAACAUCCUCAGGAACGGCACCAACAACAACACAACCAGCACCUGCUGCACCACCACUCCGCAAAGCCAAGACCAAAGAGGGCAAAGGACCGAAUGCUCGCAGAAAGACGAAGCCCAAAUCACAGGAUAAGAAAUCGAAAGCAAAGAAAGUGGCACCGCUCAAAAUCAAACUGGCCGCAUUUAAAAGGAAAAGAUCUUCAAGUGGUGAGGAUGAUGAUGGUGAGAGUGAUUUUGACGGCUUUUCGGUGAGUGAUGGUUCGAGCCGCAGCAGCCGCACAAAGAGCAAAAAGUUGAAGAACUCCAAGAAGAAGAAGAAAGUGAGCGAUGAAGGAGACGGCUACGAGACAGAUCAUCAGGAUUACUGUGAGGUGUGUCAGCAGGGCGGGGAGAUCAUCCUGUGUGACACGUGUCCCAGAGCCUAUCACAUGGUGUGUCUCGACCCUGACAUGGAAAAAGCACCUGAGGGCACAUGGAGCUGCCCACACUGUGAGAAAGAGGGCAUCCAAUGGGAGGCGCGAGACGAGAGCUCAGAGGGUGAGGAGGAGAAUGAUAGAGGGAUGAGGGAUGAUGGAGGGAUGGAGGAGGAGGAGGAAGAGGAGGAUGAUCACCACAUGGAGUACUGUCGGGUGUGUAAGGAUGGAGGAGAGCUGCUGUGCUGUGACACCUGUCCAUCAUCCUAUCACCUGCACUGUCUCAACCCUCCCCUACCGGACAUCCCCAACGGAGAGUGGAUCUGUCCCCGCUGCAGGUGUCCUCCUCUGAAGGGAAAGGUCCAGAAAGUUCUGGCAUGGCGCUGGGGUGAAGCGCCACCUCCCAUUCCAGUGCCCCGCCCACCUGAUCUCCCAGCCAACGCCCCAGAUCCACCUCCUCUUAUUGGCCGAAAGGAGAGGGAGUUUUUUGUCAAGUGGUGCAACAUGUCAUACUGGCACUGCUCAUGGGUUCAGGAACUACAGUUGGAGCUGAAUUGUCAGGUGAUGUUCCGGAACUUUCAGCGUAAGACGGAUAUGGAGGAGCCCCCGAGUGUGGAGCAGACUGAGUGUGAUGAUAAUAAGAGCAUGAGGAGGAAGAGUAAAGACCCGCUGUACGCUCGCAUGGAUGACCAGUUUGGACGCUACGGAGUGAAAAUGGAGUGGCUGCUCAUCCACCGCAUCCUCAACCACAGUGUGGAUAAGAAGAGUAAUGUUCAUUAUCUGAUUAAAUGGAGAGAUCUGCCGUAUGAUCAGUCAUCGUGGGAGAGUGAGGAUAUGGACAUCCCUGAUUACGACACGUAUAAACAGCACUACUGGAACCAUAGAGAGAUGAUGAUUGGUGAUGAAGGUCGACCAGGAAAGAAGCUGAAGAAGGUGAAAGUGCGAAAGAUAGAAAAGCCUCCUGUAAACCCUGUGGUGGAUCCAACAGUGAAGUUUGACAGACAGCCGGAGUACCUGGAUGUGACGGGGGGGACGUUACACCCCUACCAGCUGGAGGGACUGAACUGGCUGCGGUUCUCCUGGUCUCAGGGCACAGACACCAUCCUCGCUGAUGAAAUGGGCCUCGGCAAAACCGUACAGACCGCCGUCUUCCUCUACUCGCUCUUCAAAGAGGGUCACUCUAAAGGUCCCUUCCUGGUGAGCGCUCCUCUCUCCACCAUCAUUAACUGGGAGCGGGAGUUUGAGAUGUGGGCUCCAGACAUGUACGUCGUCACGUAUGUGGGUGAUAAAGACAGCCGAGCCGUGAUCCGUGAGAACGAGUUCAGCUUCGAGAAUCACGCUAUCCGUGGAGGAAAGAAAGCCUCCAGGAUGAAGAAGGAGGCGGCGGUAAAAUUCCACGUGUUGUUGACGUCAUACGAGUUGAUCACGAUCGAUCAGGCCGUGUUGGGUUCUAUAGACUGGGCGUGUCUUGUCGUGGAUGAAGCUCACCGCCUGAAAAACAACCAGUCCAAGUUUUUCAGGGUGUUGAAUAAUUAUCCUCUGCAGCAUAAACUGUUGUUAACGGGAACGCCACUACAGAACAACCUGGAGGAACUCUUUCACCUCCUCAACUUCCUCACUCCUGAGAGGUUCAACAAUCUGGAAGGAUUUCUGGAGGAGUUUGCAGACAUAGCAAAGGAGGAUCAGAUCAAGAAGCUGCACGACAUGUUGGGACCUCACAUGCUGCGGCGUCUCAAAGCCGACGUCUUUAAACACAUGCCGUCGAAAACCGAACUCAUUGUUCGAGUUGAGCUGAGCACCAUGCAGAAGAAGUACUAUAAGUACAUUCUCACACGUAACUUUGAGGCUCUGAACACGCGUGGUGGCGGGAAUCAGGUGUCUCUCCUGAACGUGGUGAUGGAUCUGAAGAAGUGCUGUAAUCACCCCUACCUGUUCCCCACCGCCGCGAUUGAAGCCCCUAAAAUGCCCAAUGGGAUGUAUGAAGGCGGGGCUCUCACAAAGGCUUCUGGGAAAUUGAUGCUGCUGUAUAAGAUGCUGAGGAAGCUAAAGGAGGGGGGACACAGGGUGCUCAUCUUCUCACAGAUGACGAAGAUGUUGGACCUGCUUGAGGAUUUCCUGGAGAAUGAGGGAUAUAAAUAUGAACGGAUUGAUGGAGGAGUGACGGGGGUGAUGAGACAGGAGGCCAUCGACAGGUUCAAUGCUCCUGGAGCUCCUCAGUUUGUGUUUCUUCUCUCUACACGAGCGGGGGGUUUAGGAAUCAACCUGGCAACCGCAGACACCGUCAUCAUCUACGAUUCAGACUGGAACCCACACAAUGACAUUCAGGCGUUCAGCAGAGCUCACCGGAUUGGUCAGAACAGGAAGGUGAUGAUCUAUCGGUUUGUCACGAAGGCAUCUGUGGAGGAGAGGAUCACUCAGGUGGCGAAGAAGAAGAUGAUGUUGACUCACUUAGUGGUUCGACCCGGUUUGGGCUCAAAGGCGGGCUCCAUGUCCAAACAGGAACUGGACGACAUUUUAAAAUUUGGCACUGAGGAGCUGUUUAAAGACGACGCUGGAGAAGGUGAUAAUAAGGAGGAGGACAGCAGCGUGAUUCACUAUGAUGAUAAAGCCAUUGAUAAACUGCUGGACCGGAACCAGGACGCCACUGAUGACACAGAGCUGCAGAGCAUGAACGAGUACCUGAGCUCUUUUAAAGUGGCCCAGUAUGUGGUUAAAGACGAGGACGAGGAGGAGGUGGACAGGGAGAUUAUAAAGCAGGAGGAGAGUGUGGAUCCAGAUUACUGGGAGAAGUUACUGCGCCAUCAUUAUGAACAGCAGCAGGAGGUGUUGGCCAGUCACCUGGGGAAAGGCAAGAGACCUCGCAAACCUGUCAACUACAACGACUGUUCACAGGAGGAACGAGCAGAUUGGCAUGAUGACCAGUCUGACAACCAAUCAGAUUACUCCGUGGCUUCAGAGGAAGGAGAUGAGGACUUUGAUGAGCGCUCUGAAGUGAAUAACCGCAGGCCGAGUCGUAAAGGUCUGAGGAAUGAUAAAGAGAAGCCACUGCCCCCCCUGCUGGCCAGAGUGGGCGGGAACAUUGAGGUGUUGGGUUUUAACUCCCGUCAGAGGAAGGCCUUCCUGAAUGCAGUGAUGCGUUAUGGGAUGCCGCCACAGGACGCUUUCACCACUCAGUGGCUGGUCCGAGACCUGAGGGGCAAAUCUGAGAAAGAGUUCAAGGCAUACGUGUCUCUGUUCAUGCGUCACCUGUGUGAACCGGGUGCUGAUGGCGCUGAGACCUUCGCUGAUGGAGUACCUCGAGAAGGAUUGUCACGGCAACAUGUCCUUACACGCAUUGGUGUGAUGUCACUAAUCCGGAAGAAGGUUCAGGAGUUUGAGCAUGUGAAUGGUCAGUGGUCGAUGCCAUGGAUGAAGGAGCUCGAGGAGAAUAAAAGAGCUGCUGCUGCUGCCAUGGGCGACGACCCCAAAACGCCCUCUACUGGAACACCUGGAGACACGCAACCCAACACACCUGCCCCAGCAGAGGAGCUGUCCAGAGGGGAGGAGUCAGAAAGAGAGAUGGAGGACAGGAUGGAGGGAGAGGGAGAGAAAGACAGAAGGAGCACCCGCGUGCAGGACGACGAGGUGAUUGAGAUUCCUGAUGAUGGAGACACCCCCCCAAGUCUGGAGAAGACAGGAGCAGGACAGGAGAUGGAGGGAGACAGUGCAUCAUCCUCACUGGAGAAGGAUGAAGGGAUGAAAGACGCAGAGGGAGAGAAAGAGAAAGAAGGAGAAAAAGAGGAGAGCUCGACAUGUUCUCCAAAAAAUGAAGAGGUCAAAGGGGAGAGGUCAGAGGUCACCAGCACCUUGGAGUCUUCUCAGCCCAAAGAAGAGUGUCCUGAGGAGAAGAGUGAGAAAACAGACAGCAAUCUAACAGGAGAGGAGAAGAGAGAUGUGAAAGAGGAGAAGGAUGGUGUGAGAACAGAGGAGUCUCGGAUGAACGGAGAGGAUGGAGGAGUGGACAAUGAGGAGAAGAAAAAACAUGUGAAACAGAGAUUCAUGUUUAACAUCGCUGAUGGAGGAUUCACAGAGCUCCACUCUCUGUGGCAGAAUGAGGAGAGAGCUGCCACUGUCACGAAAAAGACGUAUGAUAUUUGGCACCGUCGCCACGACUACUGGCUCCUGGCUGGAAUCAUACAACAUGGCUACGCUCGCUGGCAGGACGUCCAGAACGACCCGCGCUUCUCCAUCCUCAAUCAGCCCUUUAAAGGGGAGAUGAGCCGAGGGAACUUCCUGGAGAUCAAGAACAAAUUCCUCGCUCGCAGGUUCAAGUUGUUGGAGCAGGCGUUGGUGAUUGAGGAACAGUUGCGCAGAGCUGCGUAUCUGAACAUGAGCGAGGACCCGUCUCACCCCUCCAUGGCCCUGAACACACGCUUCAGUGAGGUGGAGUGUUUAGCGGAGUCUCACCAACACCUGAGCAAAGAGAGCAUGAUGGGAAAUAAACCUGCUAACGCUGUACUGCACAAAGUACUGAAACAGUUGGAGGAGUUGCUUAGCGACAUGAAGGCUGAUGUCACUCGUCUCCCAGCAACCAUCGCGCGGAUACCGCCGGUUGCCGUGCGACUGCAGAUGUCAGAGCGCAGCAUCCUGAGCCGCCUGGCCAGUCGGGGGUCAGAGGUCACCCAGACUCAGGCACCCCGCUGACCCCUGAGUGACCUUCCCUGCUUUUGGCUGUGUCCUAAUCCAGAUUAGCUCACACUGUUUGUGCUGGAGCAGGUGACACAGAUACAAUGCUACAUUCACAUUAGCAAGUGAUAAUGUGACCUUUGACCCCUUUAGAUUAGGCUGUGUCCCAAUCCGAAUAAGAUGAAAGGAGACAGAAAGAGGGAAAGACCUUUUGACCCCUGUUACGCUAUAUAUCCGGCUGUGUUCCAAUCCGAAUUAGCCUCACUUAGUGUUGGACCGGUAAUGCAGAGUGUGUUCACAUCAGCAAGCGACAGAAUGAUGGAGAGCCCUGUUUCCGGCUGUGUCCCAAUCCGAAUUAGAAAGGGGAUGAGAGGGAGACCAAGGUUACAUGCAGAUCCUGCACUGAUCCCUCACUUCCUAAAGAAGACUCGGAGCUUACGAGGUCAUCGACAGCAGACUAAUCGAAUUGAGGCUUUCAUUUUUUCUAUGCAAAUGAGUGGAGGCGUGGCUAAAAAGCAGCUUUUGUAGUCUAGUCUGAGUGUAAAGUGUCUCCGUUUCGGGUAAAGAAUGGCUAAAAAGGUAACAGUCGUGAUGUUUCACCAUCACUGUAAACUUCGCCUGUAAACUCACGCCUAUUUGGGUGUCGUCCCGCAGAACAAAGUGCAUGUUUAUCAUCCAAAGCUUUUGUUUCCUUUUUCUUUUAUUUUUCACAAAAACAAGAGAGUGAUUUCUUCUUUUUUCCUCGAGUCUUUGGUUUCCGGUGACGUUCGGUGCUCCGUUAAUGAGGGCCCCGGUGUGGAAGGCUGGAGUGUGGAGACGGCGGCGCGAACACCGGACUCGGAGUCCCAGAAGGCAGUGCUCACGGGCGAGGUGACGAGCGGGAGGGCGUGGGCGUUGACGGCGGUGUGGGUGUGAAGGCUGUAGCUUUAGAAUCCCUCUCAGCAGGUACACAGAGGCAUUGUGGGUAAAGCAGGAAACUGUUAACGAAAGUGAAAACACACCAACGUGUCCCGAAUUUCAUUCUAAAAUAAAUCUUGGCUUUCCUCUCUAAAGGUCAUGUGUUUAUGAGAGAGAUUCCUUUCUGUGGCUGCAGGAAAACCCACCGUGCUCAUGAAUAUUCAUCUUUAUGUAAAUGAGCUCCAGGUGAUUGGUGUAUCGUCUCCUGCGUCUCUGGGCUUCUGACCUCCGACUGAAACUCGCUCUCCGCACAUCUCCGAGCAGACACUUACUCAGUCAUAUAAAACAGACGCUGACAUGGAGUUCAACAGGAAACGAUUUUCUCGGAAUCUGAUCUUCAUUAGGAAGUCCUGGUUAAAGGUCUGUGCGAGUGACCGGAAGGUUAUGAGUUCAAAUCCCAGCAUGCACCUCCACCCGAACAGGAAGUGUCCCAAAUCACACUGCACCCACACCGAAUUAUGACUCGAAAUAACAAUUUUGACGAACCGGCUUUCACCAUCAUUCACCGCUUUGUAGUGGCUUCUGGCUGUGUCCCAAAUCACCAGACGACACACACCCUGCAGUUCUGAUCGUUCGUGCACCGGGACGGUGGUUUGGGAUGCAGCCCAUGGACUGGAACACGCACGCACUCACUCCGUCACUGUUUCUUCCACACGGCACGUGCACCAUUACAGUCACGGGCUGCGUCCCAAAUCUCAUACUCCUAUACUAACUAGAAGAACCCCAGAGUGUUCACUGGACAGUAUGUAGGGUUCGGUUCCGCAUCCACAGCGAACAGCUGCGUCCCAAAUCAAAUGCCCGUUCACUAACUGUUCAUCACUCGCAGCAAAGUGCGUCUGCGUCACAAAUCCCACGGGAGCGCAGUGCUGUCUGGGGUGCAGCCCUGAGAGAGGGCCAGCCGCCAGCCGAGUAUUUAGUGUACGACUUAUGCGGUUUGGGGUGCAGCCGUGCUCAGUCGUCAUGGUAACAGGCAAAGCUUUGUUGUAACUGCUACAUUUUUAGCUAGCUGCUCAGGUAGUGUACUACACGUUGUGUCCUAUUUUUCCACACUAGUUAGUGCACUGGGAAUCAGAACGUAAAGACUGGAACACACUCACUGAUGAUGUUGAUGAUGAUGUUGUUAUUAUUGUUGUUGUUGUUGUUUAUUCCUCACACUUUUUUUUUUCCCCAAGCUCACUGAUUGAUGUCACUCAGAAAGCUCCGCCCCUUUUGAUGAGCUCACUUUGUAAUUACUGUUGUUACCCCGUUAUUGUUUCUACACAUUAAUAUUGUUUUUUUUUUUGAGAUCUGCAAUAAAAAUCAUUAACAAGAACAA